GUGGUACAGUCUCCCAGAUGAUGCCGUGCUGCGGUGCAUGGUGGUAAAAUCCAUGCGAGGGUAGCAGCCGCCGAGGAGGAGGAAGAGGAAGAGCUGCCGGGGGAGAGGGUAGCGGUUACCCCGGGGACCCCGCCCCCCCAUCCCAGAGAGACGACACCAUGACCCAGGGAAAGCUCUCGGUGAACAACAAGGCUCCAGGAGCCGACGGGCAACAACAGAUGAAUGGCGAGAAGAAGGAACCGAUGGUGGUCCCCUCCGCGCCCCCGACCUAUGAGGAGGCGACGGCGGGGGAGGGGCUGAAAGCGGGUGCGUUCCCCCCGACUUCCCCUGCCGUCCCCCUCCACCCCAGCUGGGCCUACGUGGAUCCCAGCACCAGCCCCGGCUAUGGCAGCAGUGGGUACCUCGGGGACACCGAGAUCCUCACCACCUUCAGCUGGGAUGACCGGAAUAUCCGCCGAGUGUUUGUCCGGAAGGUCUACUCCAUCGUGACGAUUCAGCUUCUGGUCACGGUCAGCAUUGUUGCUCUCUUCACCUUCUGUGAACCAGUCAAAUUUUACAUCCAGACCAACCCAGCCUGGUACUGGGCUUCCUAUGCUGUGUUCUUCGUGACUUACAUGAUCCUCGCAUGCUGCUCUGGGCCCAGGAGAUAUUUCCCCUGGAACUUGAUUCUUCUGAGCAUCUUCACUCUCUCCAUGUCGUACCUCACCGGGAUGCUGUCAAGCUACUACAACACCAAGUCGGUUCUGCUGUGCCUGGGGAUCACUGCGCUGGUCUGUCUGUCGGUCACCAUCUUCAGCUUCCAGGCCAAGUUUGACUUUACCUCGUGCCAAGGCGUCCUGUUCGUGUUGCUCAUGGUGCUGUUCUUCAGCGGGGUCCUGCUGGCCGUCAUCCUCCCCUUCCAAUACGUCCCGUGGCUUCAUGCAAUCUACGCGGUGCUGGGAGCAAUUGUCUUCACGAUGUUCCUGGCCUUCGACACACAGUUGCUCAUGGGAAACCGCCGCUAUUCCCUCAGCCCCGAAGAAUAUAUCUUUGGAGCGCUCAAUAUCUACCUGGACAUCGUCUACAUCUUCUCCUUCUUCCUGCAGAUCUUCGGCUCCAACCGCGAGUGAGGGGUCCCGCUUCUCCCCCCAGCCCCCGCCACCUCACCAAGUUCUCUCCUCCCGCCCCCCUAGUCUUCCCACCAGAUACCGAACUCUGCGGCCAUGACCCUGGCACCCCCUCGCGACUCGUACCCAUGCUGAUGACCCCCCUGCAGCUCGGGGCAGAGGGGUGGAGAGAUUGAGUACCCCUCAGCCCUCCCCCGGUCGCUCCCCUACUCUGCGACCACCGGACCCCUGCCGCCUUGAGGAUAUUGGGGUGGGAGGGGAUUCAGGGUCUCCGAUGGGGACAGGGCCUUGUUUCCAGGCAGGGCAGGUGGCCACGGUCACUCUCGGGCGCCUGAGUUCUCUCUCCGGUUGAGGGUCUUGCGGGAAGUGGGGGGUCAAGGGGUGCGUCCCAGCCCCCCAUUUCCGAUCUUGUCCCCAGAUGGAUAUAGACUGUUUUCUGAAGCGUUUGGGAGUUGGUGGAAACUGUCCCCAUCCUCACCCACUUUUCCUCAAACGGCCUAGGCCUUGCGCCCUCAGUAUACCUGCCUGUCCCUGCUCUCUCUAACCGCACUCAAUGCCCCCUCAGCCUGCUCUUUGAGACCUCUCCCCUAAGGGGUCCCCCCACGCUUUGGGCACAGGGUGGCAUGGCCGGCGGUGGAGACCCUCUGGCUCUCUCCUAGACCCCCCCAUCUCCAGCAGGCCUGGCCAAAGGUCCUUGCUCUGCGCCUUCUGCCCGUUUAUCUCCCCAUCUCCCCAGUGCGGAUGGCUAACUCCACCCCGAUAAGCUCUGGGGGCCAGGGGCCGGGACCCCCGGGAGAGCCUUAUCGGAGGCCUCCGUGCGUCAGAACCAGCGCUCGGGUCCCCACCCCGGGGCCCCACGAGGCGGAGCCGGAUCCAAUCAUUCCCAGGCCAGUGGAAAGUUACCAGGCACAGGAGGGCCCUGGGGUUAAGUUGGGUCCCGGACACCUGGGUCCCUCCCCCUUAGGGCUGCCUCACCCACUCUCUCGGUCACCCUGGCCUUUUGGCUCCCCUCUCUGUACCCCCACCAGACCCCCAAGUCCCGUCCCCACAGCUCUGAGAUGAUGGGAAUGGACUGACAAGGAGAUCCAAAGCGAGAAGGACAAAGGGAGUGACCACCCCACAUUGACCAGAGCCUGGACACCAGUUGCACAGAGACCCUAACUAGGGCUCGGAGGACAGGACAGGGAGGAAAGGGAGAGAUCAGGGCCACCAGGGCCUAUGGAGGCCAACCUGGGAAGACUUGCUGGGAGAGGCGGGCUUGAGUUACCCAUUAGUUGGCAAAGAGGAGGGGGAUAAGACUGUUCAGUGGGGGAUUGGCCUUCACAUCUGACCAUGAUCACCCUCAGGGUGGGCGCUUGGACAGCCCCCACCUCCUCCUUCCUCGGGGGGAGUGUCUCCAGGUGAAGCGGAGGCCCAGAGAGGCUAGUACACUGGCCCAACAUCACUCAGCACUCAAGGCCAGAGUCGGGAAGGCGGGGACCCAAUUUUCCCCGUUCCCGGUGGGCGCACUCCUUACAUUUAGGGGGUACGCGAGAGGAUGGAAAGGGCAGGGGGGAGGGAAGUGGCCGGAGCUGUGAAAGAGGAGCUCGGGAAACACCUGGAGGAGAUUUGGAAGGAGGAAGGGGGAGGGGACAGGAAUGCGGGUUUACAAGAAACAAGGUGAGGAGAAGAGGAGGGAGGGAUGGUGGGGAGCCCGGAAGACCCGUCCCUAACAUUUUUGGUGGAGGUGGGGCCGGGGGAGGCAGGGAAGAUUUUUUUUUUCUUAGAAUCAGAGGAGAGGGAAGAUGGAAAUCCGACCUUGGCUGCCCAGGACAGGGGUAGAGGGGUGGGGGUCACGGAGGGGGAGAUAAAGAGUUUUCGGGGUACCAGGGCCCGAGACCGGGUGGGAUUACUGGAGGGGAUUGUAACCUUCCCACCCAAACCCCUCCACCAUCCAGAAUUGUUUAAAACGGUAUUAGUUAAGCGCUUACUCUAUGCCAAACAGGGGUAGGUACAAACAAAUCCCGUUGGACACAGUCCCUGUCCC